AUGCGUAAGGGAAGAGGAAAGGCGAAGAAGGUAACUUCCAGCAACCAUGAAGAUCCAGGAAGUGGCAAGGAAGAAAAACCACCGGCUCAGAAGAGGAGAGGGAGACCACAGAAGGUCUUGAGGGAUGAAUUGGACAAGGGAGAAGUAGAAAAGAUAGAAGAGGAAGAUGGUGGUGAUGCAAAGCUGAGUAUCUCUAGCAAAGAAAAGGAAGACCGAACUUCAUCGGAGAAUGGGAAGAAGAGGAAACGUAACUCACAGGUAAGAGGGAAACUGGAUUUGGUGAAAGAGGAGAAAGGCAUUAGUACAAGAUCAAGUGGCGAUGAUAUGACCAAGUUGAAUGGAUUCCGGCAUAAUGGAAGCAGGCGUAAAAGCAAACCUCGCCGAGCUGCUGAAGUAGGGGUGGAAUGCAAGUGA